CGUCAUGACGGUAUGCUUUUGACAUCAGAUCCGGGCUCAAGAUCUCGGGACUUAAUGUAGACGUAGUAUAAGCCAUCUAAUUACGAACAAGAUCACCAGGAAUAGUAGCGACAACAUGCCCGGACUUAUCCAAGAGUCACCUUUCAAGACAAUUACGGUCAAAGAGUUACAUCCUACUUUUGGGGCUGAAGUCGCUGGUGUUAAUUUCCAAGACCUAUCUGAUGAACAGUUCGGGGAGAUAAUUGCUGCCAUGGCCAAGGUAAACAGGACAUUACUUACCCCUUAAUACUAAAUAGCCCCUAUUCAUUCUAUUAACAAAAGAUUUGCUCCGUUAGUAUGGCGUGUGCGUCUUCAGAAACACAGGCUUAGACGACCUGGCACACGUGAAGUUUUCCGAACGCUUCGGCGAGCUCGACAGUAUGCGGCGAUAUCUUACGGGCGGACGAAAACCGCGAUACGAGCUGUACGAACUCUUUGACGCCGGGAACAUAGACGCUGAGACUGGAGGGAUCCUCGACCCGGAGAGCGCGCGGGCACACUCGAACCGGGGCAACGGGCUUUUCCACGCGGACUCGACGUUCAACCCGCAGCGAGCGUCAUUCUCCCUCUUGCGCGCCUGCGAACUCCCACCUCCCGGACACGGCGGCAACACGGACUUCGCCGACUCGCGAACGGCUUUCGAGGAGCUCCCCGGGGAUCUGCGGGAGGAACUCCUUUCGCACGAUUACGUGGGUGCGCACUCGAUGGCCCAUUCGCGGAAGCUCGGUUCGCCCGGCUUCUUCGCGGACGUCGACCCGACCAAGUCGUCGAUGCAGCGUCAUCGAAUCGCCCAGCUCCACGAGCCUAGCGGGCGAAUGAAUCUGUUCAUCGGUGCGCACCUGCACCAUAUCGAAGAAGACGGCAAGGCGAUCCCGAAUUCCUGGGAUCUGGUCCAACGACUCAAUCAGCAUGCCGCGCAGAAGAAGUAUGUAACCAGCGUGCAGUGGGAUAAUCCUAGCGAUUUAGUUAUAUGGGAUAACCGCUGCGUGUUGCAUAGAGCAGGGGGUGGGACUUUCGAGGGUAGAUAUAAGCGCGACUUGAGGCGAACGACGGUUCACGAUGAUAGCUCAACGGCCUGGGGUUUGAAUUCUAAAGAUACUGUGUGGCAAGGUUUCAACUCGCAGGCCAAACCUAAGCACGCAGGUGCGGUUGGGAUUUGAACUGGAUAAUCGCUGUAGGAGUUAAUGAAUCACCUACCUCUAUUAUAACCGGCAGGCAGUAAGAGGUCCAUCUAUUGGUUGUACCUGGUAUCGGCCGAUAUCAGGGGCACUAGAUGCUGGAUGCUGGGAUUUCCGUAUAGUUGUACAUUAUUGGUCGAACUUGGUUAUUCCUCGUUCACGGUAAUUAUUACGUGGCGGGGGGAG